UUGUUUCUCAAGUACGAGGAGCUGCGUCGAAACCCCAAAGAUCAAGUGAGGAAGCUGGUUUCAUUUCUGCGGAAGCCGUUUGGCACAACGACGGCGACCGAUGGAGAUAAUGAUGAGGUAGUGGUGGAGAAAGUGUUGUGGCGUAGUAGCUUCGGUAGGCUCAAGGAGUUGGAAGUUAACAAGAAUGGUGUACUGGAGAUAGGCAAGAUACCAAAUGUCAAUGUCUUCAGGCAAUGA